CAUAGUUGCCCUCUUGUUGCCGAGAUCGGCCAACCGAGACUAGAAGAGGUUUUCUCCGCGUAGAAAAUGCAGACGCUGACGAAGAGAUGCUGGACAUCGCUGCAGGUAUUUCGGCUCAUCACAACCAACAACCACAUCAAUGGAGGCUGCAUCGAAUUUUGUGGGUUCAAAGCUUUCGCUUCAAAGGCUGGAAACAAUGCUGAUUACUGCAGAGAGCUUGUCAAGAAGUUUGAUUUUGAAAACUACCUAUGGUGUUUGCUGAUGCCAAAGGAGGUGCAGAGAGCUGCCUUUGCCAUUCGGGCAUUCAACGUGGAAAUUGCUCAAGUCAGAGACGUUGUGUCAGAAAAGAAAAUUGGCUUCAUGCGGAUGCAGUUUUGGAAAGAUGUUCUACAGAAUAUUAAUGAAGGUUCUCCACCUCAGAUGCCUGUUGCUGUGGAACUAGCUGGUGCAGUUAGGUACUUCAAGCUUUCAAGGCGAUAUCUGAGUCAUCUUCUCGAAGGAAGAGCAGAUCAACUGGAAAUCGAUGGAUUCACUUCAGUAAAGGAAGUGGAAAAAUAUGCAGAAAAUACAGUCAGUUCUCUUCAUUAUCUCAUGCUGGAAUGUUUAGGUGUGAAGAAUGUUCAUGCUGACCAUGCUGCAAGUCACAUUGGCAAAGCUCAGGGACUGACAACUUUACUGAGAGCGACACCGUAUCAUGCACAGCAAAGAAGAGUUUACUUGCCAAUAGACAUAAUUGUAAAGAACAAGGUAUCACAGGAAGAUGUCAUAAGAGGCAGAAACGAACAAAAUAUACGGGAUGCAAUAUUUGAAGUCGCAUCUUUAGCUCACCAGCAUUUGGAAAUUGCUAGAUCUUUCCACAAAGAUGUACCAAAAACAGCUGUUCCAGCAUUUAUCAAUACAGUGCCGUGUGAUCUAUAUCUGAAAAAGUUACAAAAAGCAAACUUCAAUGUUUUUGAACCCAAACUGCAAGAGCGCAAUUACUUUACUUCCUCUGCAUUUAUGGCUGCAGAAAUUAAAAGGCAGAUAUUGAUAUUAAAAUAAAGAACUUGGAUUAGUUUUUGAUUUGACGUGAUAUGUAUGCCGUGUGCUGAUGGAAAAUAUACAAGUAUUUUCAAUAUUUUUCUUAGCAGUGAGCUUACAAAUAGAACUGAAGACUAUUAAACAAACAACCGAAGUGGGGGAAGAUGGAAUUGGCAUGAAUGGCAUUCUUUUCAAAUGUCUUGUGUAACAGUGUGUGCGUGUAGGUAGGAAAUUGGGUGAGAGGUGGUGCAAAGCGUAUGUGAAUAUGUGUGAUAUCAGCAUUUGAAAAAUAACUGAGUUCAAACUGGAGGUCUUUUUACAAGGACUGU